UGGCAAUAAUAGGCAUAGAUAAAUAAUAAGUUAAACACCUAGACUGUUAAACAUAUUAAUAAUUAAUUAAUGAAUACCGUGUAAUACGAAAUGAGUUCAAAGGAUAAGGAAAAUAAGACUAUCCAAGAAAAAUUGAAGCAGUUUUUUAGAUUCAAUAAGAGUAAUUCAGGAAGUUUCAGAGGUAGAAAUGAUUUUGUCUUAACGGAAGAUAUACAAAGGGAUCUUAGCAGAGAUUCACCUGUAUCCAUACGAACGAAAAUAUUGAAAGAAUUAUGUGACGACGUCUUAACGCACAGAUUGGAAGAUAAAGCAAUUGAAAAGCUGUGGAGCUUGAUUGAAGAUUUAUUACACUACAACCAACCUACUGAAUCGCGUCAUUUAGCCUUUAACUUUUUACAAAACCUUGUACGAGGUCAAAUUGAUAAAUUGGAUUUGCUGAGAGCUCAUUUUUUCAGAGUAAUAAAACAGCAUGAAUAUUCAGAGGAUGUUGCUCCAAGAUUUGAACUUUUGCAUGCUUUAACUGAUAAUGGUAAAGAUGUUCGCUAUUUUGAAGAAGAGAUCGGUCCUUUUCUUUUGAAAUGGUUACCAGAUGUUACAAGUGCUGGGAAAACUCAAGACUUUUUAGAACUUCUUAUGAAUGUUAUAAAGUUCAAUGCUGCUUAUCUGGAUGAAGAAGUUGUUACGGGACUUAUUCAAAAUGUCUGCCUUUUAAGUUACAGUACAAGUCAACAGUCAGUGGUGUUGGCUUGUUUGCAGGUUUUAGAUACUAUAGUUGCUUAUAGUAAUUUACCUUCAGAAUCUUUACCUAAUUUUGUAGGUGCUCUUUGUCGAAUUGUAAACGUUGAAGCAUAUUGCCAGGCUAGUUGGAAGGUAAUGCGAAAUUUGAUGGGCACCCACAUGGGUCAUUCAGCUUUGUACACUAUGUGUCGAAUACUUCAAGAGCCUGAAUUAAAAAAUGAUGGGGGUUUAUUGAGGGGCGCCGUCGUCUUCAUAUACAUGAGUUUAUGGGGUCCUCAUUCCCAACCUUUGACCAAUUUAAAUUGUCCUUAUAGUUGCGUUCUGCCAUCUAUUUUGCAGGCUGUAUCAUCUAAUCAUGCCAUUGUGACUUAUGAAGUUGUAUUCAGUAUACAAAUUUUAGUAAGUCACAAAUAUGUUGAACUGCUACAUGAACCCAGUUGGGAUAUUAUUCUAAAGAUAUUGUCUACUGCAUUAAAACAAAUUGAGGCUGCUCCAAAUUUAACUGCUCAUAAAUAUGCGGCAACCAUUUUCCAUAAAACAUUGGACAACAUUGAAGAGUUAAUUGAAUCUCUUUACCGUUACAAUGCACAAGCUCAGUUUUUCGAAAUAAUUGAAAAGUGCGCGUCUAAUAGGCCUGAAGAAUCAAUUCUAAGAUUGAUUUCAUACCUUUCUAAGAAUAUACUCCCUACAAAACAUAUGUGGCUCUCUAACUUGUAUAAUCUUUUACAAAAAUAUUAUCGACAAGAGGUGCGGACUAAUAUUCGUUUGAAAGUGAUUGAUGUUUUACUUCACGUUGUCGAAAUUGCCCGAUCUCAGUAUGAGGACGAAUUAAUCGAUCGUAUUAUUAUCCCACACUUGUCAUCGAGUGUUAAUGAAACCGAUGUUGUUAUCAGAACAAAAGUUGCUGAUUUAUUAAUAAAUAUAUGUAUGGAAUGUGAUUCUAAAAGAUGCAUAGAAGUUUUGGAAAUUUUAGAAAAGCUUUUCAAUCGACCUUUUGACACUCACGGAAUGGAUAUUCCAGUACCUGAUUCAGAUAUAGCCGACAUCAAAAGUAUUGUUUCUGGUUUGGUGAAGGUGUUCGAAUUAAAAAUUCACAGAUUACCCUCCACCCAUGCUCUAAAAAUUUACAAAAUGUUUGUGCACCAUCUCGAACAACAUUACAGUCGACCAAAAAUUUUUGAAGAUUGCAACCAAAUACGUUACAAGAUUUUUGAAUGUUUUUUGAAUAUGCGAGCUGACUCCCAGUUUCAUUUGGGAUGCAUAGAAUCUAAUGGUAAAGUAAAAUUUAGUCCGUAUUUAUGUGUUUCAUACAACAGCAUGGACAGAAGUUCUCUCAGUUCUCCUCCACCUGCUUCUCCAGCUAUAACUCAAUUGACUCCUUGCACUAUUACUUAUGUACCAUUGCGACGUUGUUUCAAGGCUGUAAUUUCCUGUUUGAGACAAGAAAAAGACUGGGAAGUUUUGAAAUUUGUUUUGCAAGGUAUUCCAUUAGUUUUGCAAAAUAAAUCGUUGGUUUUGGGAAAAAAUGGAAAUAACGAGAUAGAUUUGUUUGUCGAUGCUUUGUGUAUGAUACUCACCGAUAAGAGCCUCAAUUUGCCAGAAUCGCUAAAAAGUACGAAUAAACUGAACCGGUCGGAUUUUCACGCAUGCGUUCUUCAAGUGUUGGCUAACAUGCCCUCAUAUCAUGCCUUUUUAGACGCGAAACGUCAACAGAAGAUGAUUUGGUGUCUGGUUAGGUGCGGUUUAGUGCCCAAGUGUUCUCGGUCGAUAAUAUCAGCUCUUAUGAUUUGUACUCUUGAAAUGGGGGAUGUACUUAUGAUAAGAUUACUUCCUGACGUGUUACUCGACCUUUCAAAGAUUUCUGCUACCGUCAACAUAGCUAUUCCUAUAUUAGAGUUUUUAUCGACUGUAUCAAAGUUACCUGCAAUUUAUGCCAAUUUUGUGGGUGAUCAGUAUAUGGCCUUAUUCGCGAUAUGUUUGCCCUAUACAAACCCGUUCAAAUACAAUCAUUAUAUAGUGUCCUUGGCCCAUCAUGUCAUUGCUGUUUGGUUUCUUAAAUGCCGAUUACCAUUCAGGAGGGUUUUUAUAUCCUAUAUAACAAAGGGUUUGCAAACAAACACCAUGGUUCCAUUUGAAGAAACCAGCAUCUUAAAAACAGAUCUAAGCAAAUUAAACCAAGACAGUUCAGAUAGAAAAAGAAGUUCGAGUUUGACUGAGCAGAGUUCGAGGCGUAGAGAACGGUGUACGGUUGUCAAUCGUUCCGAAUGUGGUAAGCCUACGUUACGUCAGGGUUUCGAUCGCACUUUGCUUACUUUCUACGAAGAACUGACCGAAACUUGCAACGAUCUCAUGGCUCGGUACACUUUCUCAACCUGCAGUGCUCUACCAAAAAGAUUACCCACAGCCGAGUUACUCUUCGGUGGCGGUCAGUCAAUGACCUGGUUACUUGGGAAUAAAUUGAUAACUAUCACGACCAGUGGUUGUAAGCAGAAACCGCUCAGAUAUGGUCUUUGUGACCGUUGUUGGACGGUUUGUCAUCUCGACCAGUCACGGUCACCCCUCGAAAUCAAACAACCGCAGCAGCCGCAACAGCAACCACAUCUUCGUGGCUCUCUCAAAAAUCAGCGUAGUAAUAGUGGUGAUAAAGACAAAGAUGACUCGACUAGUGGCAAUCGAGUUGUUACUCGACAAAAUUCUGGUGAGAAAUCCAUCACUCAAACGUCAGUAAGUUCGCCAGUGGACGAGGGCAAGAAGUUGGGAGACAACAAACUCGAUCAACUUCCGACGAAAUUGCAACAGUUGGUAGCCCAGGACGCCAAUAAGAAUGAGAAACAAGGGUGCACCUGUUGGUGUCAGGGUUGGGCUGAGAUUUAUGUGAGAAGACCAACAGGUGACAUGUGUUGGGUUAUGCGAAUCCAAAACCAACUAUCCCAUCUACAGUCGUCCUUCGAUCUGCCCUUGAGUGAGAUUUCUACCCUUUUCAUGCCCUCUUUACAUCAGAGUUCCAGUGAACCAGAAUCAUCAUCAGAACCACAUUACCAAUAUGAAGACACUCAAAAUCCUGAAGAAGAGUUUGGUUCAACAGCAAGCGUGCCUAUAAGUAUUCCUGGUUCUCCAACAAAAAUGUCCCCUUCAAGACAAAGUUCGCGAGAUAGUAUCGACGAAGACAUGGACAACAUUUACGAGGACGGAAGUAAGUCGAGAAAUCCGGUUAGACGUUCCAAUUCGAGUCCAGAAAUGUCGGCUAGUUGGAAAAAUCCGUUUCUGCAGAAACCGGAUAGGGAAAGGGAAGAGUUUAGAAAUCAAGACGACGAGGGGGCGAAAAAGGCUAAGAAUUUUACGAAGGAUAUGCGAGUUAGUUGUGAGGCAAUACCGGAAGAAAUAUCAGGAAUGGGCACUACUCCACCUUCUAAUGCUCCCAUUCAGGCAGUUCCUUGUAAAACACAUCCGACAUUGCUCACUUGCCACAGUUGUCCUGGUGCAACGCCUCCUGCUGAAAAGACAGUCGUUCCGAAAACGUCUCAGACUGUGCCACCGUCACCGAAUAUUUUACAAACAACUGCUCCUUUAAAUUUGUCAUCUUCGUCUUCUUUUUCUCCUCAGACCGUAAAAACUGUUGACGGAACGUCUGAAGAUUCACCCUCUGCUCCUGUAUUUGCAGAAAAAAUCUGCGAACGCCCCAGUACUCUGGGUAAUUUGGCUAAUCUAACUCCACUUUCAACUAAACCACCCCAAAGUCCUACUCAGACGUCACCACGAUUACCCAGGCAUUCAGCAAUUAAAGAUAAAGAUGGUCACGAAAUACAAAAGAGUUCAUCACUUGUUCUUGAGAAAACUCAAUCGUCAAUCAUGAAGACAAAGGAGCGAAGAAAUGGCAGCAAUGAACGACUCAACUGUAGCCAGUCAGACCCAAAAAUGGCAAACAAUAACCCAAUAAGAGACCGCGGUCACACUAUAUCAGUAAUGAUGAACGUAAGAAAACCACGACUAGAAAAUCUGCGGCGUACCAAUUCUCCUCGUUCUACAAAAGAAGGGCCCCGCAGUGGCAUCAGUCCUAGUUUUAUAUUCUUGCAGCUGUAUCAUUCCUCUCAUUUUGGUAGCUCGAACGAACGCCCCCUUUUAGUCGAUUCAAGUACUGUGGCACAAAGGGCCGUCAAAAUAUUAGACAUGGUACCCCCAUAUGAGACUCAUAAAAUAAGUGUCAUUUAUGUCGGCGAAGGACAAAGUAACAAUGAGACUGAAAUAUUAGGCAAUAGAUUUGGAUCAGUGCGGUAUGUUCAAUUCUUACAAAAUCUUGGCACUUUGAUUAAACUGCAAGAAGCAGACUCGCAAGUAUUUUUCCUGGGAGGUUUGCAUCAAGACGGUAAUGCUGGUAAGUUCACAUAUAUAUGGCAGGACGACGUAAUUCGAGUCGUAUUUCAUGUGGCUACACUGAUGCCUAACAAGGAAAAUGACCCUAACUUUAAUCACAAAAAAAUGCAUAUUGGUAAUAAUAAUGUUACGAUCGUCUAUAACGAAAGUGGUGAGGAAUACAACAUUAACACUAUUAAAGGUCAAUUUAAUUUUGCCUGCAUUGUUGUGCAGCCUUUGGACUACAACACGAAUAAGGUAACGGUCAAAGCAAAAGAAGAAUUAACUGAACUUAUUGGCAGUUGCGAACCAAAAAUUGUUUCUGACCAGAAUGUUGCUCUCCUAGCACGUCAAUUGGCUCUCCACGCAGACUUGGCUGCUUUAGUAUCGCUAUCAUUAAAAAGCAAAUCGCAAAACCCGUACGCUUCUAAUUGGUUGGAAAGACUUCGAAAAAUCAAACAGUUGAAAACGAAAAUUUUGGAUGACGCAAGAAAAGACAAACCGAAUAGUGAAGAAGACAUUUCCGUUCGUUCUAGAAGAGGCUCCAUCGACGACUUUACCAAAUACACUAAUUAGGUUGGUGAAUAUUUAUUUUGUUUGUAUUAGUAGUAAAAAUAUAACUAUAUAUGUACGUAGCUUUACAAUAAGCGUAAAACGUUAA